ACAGAGGGUAGGGGUAGAUCCUAGCCAGUAGGUGUCCUCCAUUGCUUUGGAAAUGUAAGUGUUUUUCCAAGGUGGCAUUUUUAUUGCUGGAAUACGGUUGUCUUGGACGGAAACCAGUCCCUGAAGAUGAAGAGCCGCUGUCACCUCGUCACGCAACUGUUUAUUUUCGGACUUAUCUGUAGAACAGCACAUGGCUUCCGUUCCUACUUCAAGCCGAGCUUACCAUCAAUACCAAGUAAAUACCUCCCUCCAUCCUGGCUUCAACCGGAUAAACAACGAAACGUCCCACCGUAUCAGUACCAGCCCCAGACAACCCAGUAUCCAUACGGCUAUAACCCUCCACCGUCACAGCAGCAAGGACGACCCACACAAACUGGACACCAACGGGGGCGACCUUCUCACCAAUCGCAAUCUCCAACUGCAUACCAACCCGCAUAUCAGCCUCAAUCUCCACCUGCAUACCAACCCGCAUAUCAGCCUCAAUCUCCACCUGCAUACCAACCCGCAUAUCAGCCUCAAUCUCCACCUGCCUACCAACCUCAAGCUCAACCAGGCUAUAAACCUCAAGCACAGCCCGCUUAUCAACCACCGACGGACCGAACUCAGAGCAGGUAUGCGACACCGACUAUAUACCGACAAACCAAUCAAGCGCCUCAUCAGCGGAAUACGUAUCAACAACCCCAGCAGCCGAAUACGCGUCAACCACAGCAGGCGUAUCAACCUGCAGGUGCCCAACCGUCUGGGGGUUAUAUAGACCAAGCAGGGCGCCAGCCUGUUAAACCACGACAGACGUACCCAAAUCCCGUAGCAACCACAGCUACAACUACUACAACUCGUAAACCACGUAGAUACAUCGUGCCCACGACGACCACAGUGCCUGCCGCCGCAGGGGAAGUUGAAGGUGUUACCAAAGCAGCCGGGGCUGCCGUGGCCCUCACGGGGAGGCCAGGGUUUGACUUCUAUGCGACGAUGCCAGUUACCCAGCAGGCCGAAGUCGAGGUGGAAAAUGCCAAUGGUGGUGGAGGAGGUGGUGGUGGAGGUGGUGGUGGUGGUGGUGCUGUUGCUGCUCCUCCUCCUCAGUACCAGCAAAGACCACCUAAUCCCUACUGGAACCCUUUCUGGACGAUGGCUGCUUAUUCUUUCUUUACAAAGUGAGUCAUCGGGCAUUUAGAUGAUGCAUGUCGAAUCCUAUAGUCGAUAGCUAGUGUACGCCGUUGGCAUCCCAAACACGUGUGUGCUGAACCAUCUUCAAUACUUCACAGGUUUUGUGAUAAUUACUUAUCAUUAUGGAAAUGGUUUUGUCGUUUUAUUCUGCGGUGUAGUAGGGACGGUUGUAAUAUUUAGUCAGGUGACCCGUGAAGACCCGGGGUAGAAUAGGUCUUUAACCCAUUCUUGUCGCAAAAGGAGACUUUGCUUGUCGUAAGAGGCGACUAACGGGAUCGGGUGGUCAGGUUCGCUGACUUGGUUGAUGCA